GGUAGCUGUCAAUUUUACCGGAGCCGGUCACAUUAAUUUUCUUACGAUAAAACUGUUGGUUCAUUGUUAUCUUUUUAUUAUCGCGGGACAAGUUAUAAAUACAAAUAGCUCUCAAAAGUCAGAGCUCAGAGUAAACGUUCGAUUGGUACCAAACAAUAACAAUGAUUCGGUGUAAUUUCAUAUUUUUAUGUCUUUGUUUUCUCGUUACGACUCAUGCUUUUGUCAGAGUACCUUUGUAUAAAGUCAAGUCGGCAAGACGCACUUUGCAAGAAGUAGGAACCCAUGUCCAACAAACCCGGAUGAGAUAUGGAGGACCAACUCCAGAACCACUCUCAAAUUAUCUAGAUGCCCAAUAUUACGGCCCUAUUUCCAUUGGGAGUCCCCCACAGAGUUUUAAGGUUGUCUUUGAUACGGGAUCAUCUAAUUUAUGGGUGCCUUCUAAGAAAUGUCAUUAUACAAACAUAGCGUGCUUGUUGCACAACAAAUAUGACUCGACUCAGUCCAAGACUUACAAGAAAAAUGGGACUGCCUUUGCAAUUCAAUAUGGCUCAGGAAGUUUGAGUGGAUUUUUGUCAACCGAUGUGGUUAAUGUCGGUGGUUUAAAUAUACAGCAACAAACCUUCGCCGAAGCCCUAAGUGAACCAGGUUUGGCCUUCGUUGCCGCAAAAUUCGAUGGAAUUUUGGGAAUGGCUUACAGCCGCAUUUCUGUGGACGGUGUCGUUCCUGUCUUUUACAACAUGAUGUCACAAAACCUCAUAGGUCAACCUAUAUUCUCUUUCUAUCUGAAUCGGGACCCCAGUGCUGCUCAAGGAGGUGAAAUCAUCUUGGGCGGUUCAGAUCCAGCCCAUUACAAAGGUGACUUCACCUACCUACCCGUCGAUAGACAAGCCUAUUGGCAAUUCAAGAUGGACAGUUUGACAGUGGGCAAAGGCACAUUCUGUGCCAAUGGCUGCGAGGCUAUCGCCGAUACCGGAACUAGCUUAAUCGCCGGACCAGUUAGCGAAGUUCAGGGUAUAAAUAAAGCUAUUGGGGCCACACCCAUCGUGGGCGGUGAAUACAUGGUCGACUGUAACCUCAUCCCCAAACUACCUUUGAUUGAUUUCAAUUUGGCAGGAAAGAACUUCACCUUGGAAGGAAAAGAUUACGUUUUGAGGGUGUCACAAAUGGGUAAAACUAUUUGCUUGUCUGGCUUUAUGGGAAUCGAUAUUCCUCCACCAAACGGGCCGUUGUGGAUCUUAGGCGAUGUUUUCAUUGGGAAGUUUUACACCGAAUUUGACUUGGGCAAUAACAGAGUCGGUUUUGCCGAAGCUGCUUAAGUGCUUCUAUUCGUUAUUCCAAAGAUUCCUAGUUUUUUAAAGUUUCUGUGUAAGCUGUAACGCUUGUAGAUAUGUCUCUCUAAAUAAAGUUUACUGCAGUUAGUUUAA